AUGGUCCAGAGUGAUCAGUAUGUCCGGGAGAUGAUGUACUUGAUUGGCCCGUUAAAGGUAUUGUUCUUAGAUGACCUAUGUCAAGACUUUAAGAUAGUCACCAUCCUCGUCAAGAACGCCGAUCGUCCACUUUGCCGCAAAUUCGAAAAUGGCAUAGAAAAGUCCAGCAUGAUGGACCCCCACAGUGUUCUUCGGUUAACACUCCCAUCCGGAGAGAUAUUCGCUGUUGAUCUUGCCGCAGGGCGAUUCGGAUGGGUGGAGAAGAUUAUGCAUUGGAGUCGUUUCGAAAGGGAACGAAUCUGGAAAAUUAUCGAGGUAACUCGCACGAUCCCACAAGACUUCAGAGACCCGUAUAUUCCCGCGGCACAAUCCAUUCUCAUCCACAAAGAAAUACUAGCCGACCUAGUCGGCCACAUCAAUUUUCGCGUACACUUUGGUAUGGACAGAUUGUCUACCACUCUAGAUAUCAUAACAAGAGUCGGCACGGAAGAUUUCUUCGAUUGGCAGGUGGGUCUCCUUGAGGGAGCGAUAGAUCUCUGCGAAGAGAUGUUCGCGAUACGCUUGGGCAAUUACCGCGGCUAUAUGUACCUCACCCCUGAAUUCGAUUUGUGCGUCACAGCCGAACGAUCAGACUAUGAUGCCAUGCAGAGUGCCUGGAUGCCGGAGGAAGAAGUUAUACGACUCGAGGGCAAGAGUGAGGAAUCGCUAAAGGAGGUCUGGAAGGCCCGUCUUGAAGAAUCCCGUGUUAGAUUCAAGCGCGCUACGCUACAGAUCGAGGAAGUGCAUAUAUAG